AUGCCGGGGGUACUAACGCGGCGGUUUGCUGCUGCUGCUGCUGCUAAGCUCAGGCCUCUUGCUGCUGCAGCAACUAGCGCUUAUGCUGCUCCUGCUGCAGCAGCAGCAGCAGCAGACACUGCAGCAGCAGCAGCACCAGCAGCAGCACCAGCAGCAGCAGCAGCAGCAGAGCUGCCGCUGCACUGCAACUGGAAGACAGUCAUUGAUGUGCCUGCAGGCUGCUGCGCGGUGAUGCCUGGGGUACUAACGCGGCGGUUUGCUGCUGCUGCUGCUGCUAAGCUCAGGCCUCUUGCUGCUGCAGCAACUCAGACUUCAUCAGCAGCAGCAGCAGCAGCAGCAGCAGCAGACUCAGCAGAUAUUGAGAGGAAGGAAAACCCUGCCGCUGCUGCUGCCGCUGCUGCUGCUGCUGCUGCUGCUGCUGCACCGGCGCAGUGCUGCGCUGACUGUGCUGAGGGUGCUGCUGCUGGCUGCUGCUGCGUCUUCGGUAGGGGGGCCCCCCUCGAGCUGCUGCUGCAGCAGCCGCUGCAGUGGGAGCAGCAGCUGCCGCAGGACAGCAUAUGGAGGCAGCUGCUGCAGCAGGCAGCACAGCAGCAGCAGCAGCAGCAGCAACAGCAGCAGCAGCAGCAGCAGCAAAGAAGGGGACAGGAUGAUGAACCGAUGCAGUGCGAUCAGCAGGCGAGCAUAUGGAGGCAGCUGCUGCAGCAGGCAGCACAGCAGCAGCAGCAGCAGCAGCAGCAGCAACAGCAGCAGCAGCAGCAGCAGCAGCAGCAAAGAAGGGGACAGGAUGAUGAACCGAUGCAGUGCGAUCAGCAGGCAGACCAGGACGAGCUGCAGCAGCAGCAGCAGCAGCAGCAGCAGCAGCAGCAGCAAGAGGAAUGCAUGCGCGAGGUGUUUGUCUUCGAGUCUCUCACCAGCCAACGAGCAGCAGGCGCAGCAACAACAACAGCAGCAGCAGCAACAGCAGCAGCAGCAGCAGCAGCAGCAGCAGCAGGAGACUCAGCACCCCGUUCUGCUGUGACGUGGCUGCUGCCGCAUCAGCUGCUGCUCUUCGCCGGGCAGUUUGCUGCUGUAAGCGGCAACGCGGGGGUGCCGUACCCAGUAACUGCUGCUUCUAUCAAGCUGCAGAGCAGCAGACAGCAGCAGCAGCAGCAGCAGCAGCAGCAGCAGCAGGAGCAUGAGGCUUCAGCAGGGGGAGCUGAUGCUGCUGCUGCUCCUAUCGUCAGCCUCAUCACUCUCAAGGGUUUAGAGCCUCUCUUGGGCCCCACCACUGUCCGCCUAAACCCUAAACCCUAA